AACCCUAAACCCCAAAAACUCUCACCUGAGACAAACUCUUCCACCAAAGACACAAACUUUAUCUCUCAGUUUUAGGGUUUCCACUUUCUACGCCAACAAUGGCGAUCGAUGCUGGAGCCACGGACCAGUCUCACAAGUCUCACAGGACUAGUCAGGCUGGUGCUUCGGCAAAGAAGAAGAAAGGCGGAAAGUCCGGGAAGAAGAAAGGCGAGGUUUCUGAAAACGAUAGGAAGCAAAAUCCUAAGGCAUUUACUUUCAAUUCAUCGGUGAAAGCGAAGCGAUUGCAAUCGCGUACUGUUGAGAAAGAGCAGCGUAGACUUCAUGUUCCUACUAUUGAUCGGAGCUAUGGUGAACCGCCUCCUUUUGUUAUUCUCGUUCAGGGACCUCCUAAGGUUGGGAAGUCUCUUUUGAUAAAAUCAUUAGUGAAGCAUUAUACUAAACAUAAUCUGCCAUCGGUUCAGGGACCAAUUACUGUUGUUUCAGGUAAGAAUAGGCGGGUACAGUUUGUGGAGUGCCCUAAUGAUAUCAAUGGCAUGAUUGAUGCUGCCAAGUUUGCGGAUUUGGCAUUGCUUCUUAUAGAUGGAAGUUAUGGUUUCGAAAUGGAAACAUUUGAAUUUCUCAAUAUAUUACAAGUCCAUGGCUUUCCAAAGGUCAUGGGAGUUCUUACUCACCUUGAUAAGUUCAACGAUGCAAAGAAGUUGAGGAAGACAAAGCAGCAGCUUAAACAUCGAUUCUGGACUGAAAUAUACGAUGGGGCUAAAUUGUUUUAUUUAUCUGGUCUAAUUCACGAUAAGUAUCUUAAACGUGAAGUACAUAAUCUUGCACGGUUUAUAUCUGUUACAAAGUUCCAUCCUUUGUCUUGGCGAGCUUCUCAUCCUUAUGUUUUGGUAGAUCGUUUUGAAGAUGCCACACAUCCUAACGAAGUGCAUCAGAAUAGAAAAUGUGACAGGAACGUCAUACUUUAUGGUUACUUGCGUGGCUGUAACUUUAAAAAGGGAACUAAGGUUCAUAUUGCUGGCGUUGGUGAUUAUGCUGCUAGUGUUUCUAACUUGCCCGACCCUUGUCCUUUGCCAUCAGCUGCAAAAAAGAAGGGUUUACGUGACAAGGAAAAAUUAUUUUAUGCUCCUAUGUCUGGACUUGGAGAUUUAGUCUACGACAAAGAUGCGGUAUAUGUUAAUAUAAACCGUCAUUUUCUCCAAUACUCCACAGUUGAUCAAGAAGAGGAAAAUAAAGAAAAUGGGGAAGCAACAAAAGAAGAAAAGGAAGAUGAGGUGGGUGUGGCUUUGGUAAAAUCUCUUCAAAAGGCAAAAUAUUCAGUUGAUGAAAAGUUAGAGAAGAGCUUCAUUUCACUUUUUGGUCGGAAGCCUGAAUCAGAAUCACGAGAAGAUAAUGAAAAGUUAGAUCAAGCUGAAGCUACUGAAGGAGAUGCAGUGAUGGAUAGUGAAGCAGAGGUUUCAGAUGAAGAUAACGAUGAUGAUGUUUCAGAGCAACAAACUGAGCAAAACGAGCAAGUGAAGGAACAUGUUGAAUUUCAUGGAGGAAGGCUAAGGAGAAAAGCUGUUUUUGGAGAAGACAUUGCUGAUGAUAAUGGGAAGGAUUUAGAUGAUGAGGAUGAUGAUGAGGAUGAAGAUGAGGAUGAUGUUGGUGGUAGUGAUUCAGAAAAUGAAGCAGCUUCUGGUUCAGAUGCCUCUGGUGAUGAUGAAGAGAUUGAUGAAGCAGAGGAGGGCAUGGGAAAUAUUUCGAGAUGGAAAGAGUCUAUAAUAGAAAGAACUAACUCGAGACAAACUACUAGCCUUAUGGAACUUGUAUAUGGGAAGACUACAUCAAUUAAUGAAGAAGAGAGUGGUGAGGAAAGUGAUGGAGAUGAGUUCUUUAAGCCAAAAGGUGAAUGGAGCAAGAAGAAAACAAGUGAUGGAGUUGAUGGUGAGAAUCUGAAUCCCGAGGACUGUUCCAAAUUCAGAAAUCGUUCUAGUCUCAAGGACUGGAAAGAGGACGACAAGCUUAUUGCAAGUAUUCGUGAUCGCUUUGUUACUGGUGACUGGUCGAAAGCUGCUCAAAGAAAUAAGACAUCAGAAGACAACAUUGAAGAUGAUGAUGUGUAUGGUGACUUCGAAGAUUUAGAAACUGGAGAGAAGCAUGGCGGGAGUCAUGCAGAUCAAGUUGGCAAAGGCACUGAUCACAAGGAAGAUGAGUUAGCAAAUGAAGAGCGGAGGUUAAAAAAGCUUGCACUUCGUGCAAAGUUCGAUGCUCAUUUUGAAGAAGCUGAAUUAUCAGAAGAAGAAUUAGAUGGUAAACAUGGAGCCAAGGUUCUUAGAGAUCAGCCUAAAGAAAUUGGAUAUUUUGACAAGUUGAAGGAGGAGAUUGAAAUUCAGAAGCAAAUGAACAUGGCUGAACUUAAUGAACUUGACAAUGAUACCAGAUUGGAGAUAGAAGGAUUUCGAACUGGGACUUACGUCAGGUUGGAGAUUCAUGGUGUCCCUGUUGAGAUGGUUGAUCAUUUUGAUCCCUGCCAACCUAUUUUGGUUGGUGGAAUUGGUCUCGGGGAAGAAAGCGUCGGAUAUAUGCAGGCGAGGCUAAAGCGACACAGGUGGCACAAGAAAGUACUCAAAACAAGAGAUCCUAUUAUUGUUUCUGUAGGGUGGAGGCGAUACCAAACCAUGCCUGUUUAUGCUAUUGAAGAUGCCAACGAAAGGCAUCGAAUGCUUAAGUAUACUCCUGAACACAUGCAUUGCCUUGCAAUGUUUUGGGGCCCUCUUGCCCCUCCUAACACCGGAGUGGUUGCUUUUCAAAAUUUAUCUAACAACCAGGCAACGUUUAGGAUUACAGCGACUGCAGUUAUUCUUGAGUCCAAACAUGAAACCAAGAUAGUGAAGAAGCUGAAGCUAGUUGGGUAUCCCUGUAAGAUCUUCAAGAAGACAGCAUUUAUAAAGGACAUGUUUACUUCGGAUCAUGAAAUAGCUCGAUUCGAAGGUGCUGCUGUCACUACAGUCUCUAAGAUUAGAGGGCAAGUGAAGAAGGCUGCAAAGGAAGAAAUCGGUAACCAUCCCAAGAAGAUGGGAGGACAAGUAAAGGAAGGAAUCGUUAGGUGCACUUUUGAAGAUAAGAUUAAAAUGAGCGACAUUGUCUUUUUACGAGCUUGGACCCGAGUUGAUGUUCCUCAAUUUUUCAACCCGUUGACAACAUCUUUGCAACCUCGUCAACAAACCUGGCAAGGAAUGAAAACUCUAGCUGAAUUGAGGAGAGAACACAAUCUUCCUAUCCCUGUUAACAAGGAUUCACUCUAUAAGCCAAUUGAAAGGAAGGUUAAAAAAUUCAAUCCCAUGGUGGUACCUAAGUCUUUACAAGCAGCUCUUCCAUUUGCGUCGAAGCCUAAGGACAUACCCAGCCGAAGAAAACCUCUUCUUGAGAACAGAAGAGCUGUUGUCAUGGAGCCUCACGAGAGAAAAGUUCAUGCUCUGGUUCAGCAUCUUCGGCUUAUCAGACACGAGAAGACGAAAAAGCGGAAGAUCAAAGAUGACAAGAAAAGAAAAGAACUCGAAACUCAGAAAGCCAAAGACGACGAGAUAGCAAGAAAGCGGCAGAGAGAGGAGAGACGUGAGAGAUAUCGUGAACAAGAGAAACAAACAAAGAAACUUAAGAGAAACUCAGAUAGGUGAAAGUAGUAAGUGGGAUUUGUCUACUGCUCACAGUUAACUUUAUUCACAUUGCAAUUUUGCUUUGAUCUUCCAUUUUUGAUUGUAUUUUUUUACCUUGCUCACAUACAAGCCUCAAUUUUGUCCCUUUGAUGUAUUAUAUAUUAAGUUAAUAUAUAAACUAUGUUUCACUUUCAAGUUGUGCAUUAGUAAGAACACUAGUUUUCGUGUACCCUCUUAUAAAAAUAAUUAUAAUAAUAAUCAAGGAUUGUUUUACUAA